AUGGGAUCCAUUGAGGAAAAGAUAGACCUUGAUUCCUACGAGGAGAUCCCUUUUAGUGUGUCGCAGCCGACUAAUAAGAUGCAUUCGUUGAGUUUCGAACCUUCUCGUCAUAUCUUGGCACACCCUCAGUUUUCUGCUUCUUGGGUUAGACGAAAGGUGAAUCGAGUCAGCAUCCUCAGAAGUAUAUACAUUGUCUUGAUCAAAGCGAGGAUCAACGUGUUGCUGCCAUUUGGGCCUCUAGCUAUAUGUUUACAUUAUUUUACAAAAAUGCAUGGAUUGGUCUUCUUCUUCAGCUUAAUUGGCAUUAUCCCUUUGGCAGAGCGCCUUGGUUAUGCUACCGAGCAACUUGCGUGUUAUACAGGUCCAACUGUUGGUGGCCUUCUAAAUGCUACAUUUGGCAAUGCUACUGAGAUGAUAAUAUCAAUUUAUGCAUUACAAAAUGGAAUGAUAAGGGUUGUUCAGCAAUCUUUACUGGGUUCAAUCUUGUCGAAUAUGCUCUUGGUGCUCGGUUGCGCCUUCUUCUGCGGUGGGCUCGUUCAUCACUACAAAGUCCAGCUUUUCAAUAAGGCCACUGCACUUGUGAAUUCAGGGUUACUGUUAAUGGCGGUUAUGUGCAUUUUGUUCCCGGCUGUUCUACAAUUCACUCAUACAGAAGCGCACAAGGGAAAGUCGGAGAUGGCUCUUUCACGAGUCACCAGCUGUGUUAUGUUGAUUGCUUAUGCGAGCUACCUUUUCUUUCAGCUCAAGAGUCAGAAUAAUUUGUAUAGUUCUCUUGAUGAGGUUAGGGAUAAUGACGAAGCUGAUGAUGAUGAAGUCCCUGAGAUUAAUCCGUGGGAAGCAAUCGGGUGGCUUGCUAUGUUGACUCUUUGGAUAUCCCUUCUAUCUGGAUAUCUUGUUGACGCAAUACAGGACAUAACUAUCGGAGUAGCAAUUGGGUCGUCUACUCAGAUUUCAAUGUUUGUAAUUCCGUUUUGUGUAAUAGUUGGUUGGAUUAUGGGACAGCCUAUGGAUUUGAACUUUCAACUCUUCGAGACAGCUACACUAUUCAUCACAGUAUUAGUGGUGGCGUUUAUGCUUCAGGAAGGUCAAUCAAACUAUUUCAAAGGUUUGAUGCUUAUUUUGUGCUAUAUCAUCGUUGCUGCCAGUUUCUUUGUGCACAUUGAUCCAACAAAGGUCUGUGCAGUGGUUAGCAUAUCUCGUGAUACUUGA